GCAGAGCAGCGGGACCUCACGGUGCUCCUCGACAGAAAAUAGAGAGCAAGGCUUUUGAGUUUGCUGUCUUUACCUAGUAACAGCAAUUACAAAUGUCAAAACAGAUGGGAAGAACAAGCCAAGCUGUGCUAAUAAUUUUGCAUGUGAUAAUGACUGUUAAAGCUUUUGAAAUGGAGAUUAUACCUGCUAACAGAAUUGUUGCACAGAUUGGAGAAACACUCAUACUUACGUGCAAUACUACUGGCUGUGCAUCACCAAGGUUUUCCUGGAGAACCCAGAUGGACAACCCACUUGGAGGAACAGUGAGCAACUAUAGGACAUACUCUACCUUGACUAUGAAUCCAGUUACCAUUGUGAAUUCUCAUGCUUAUCUUUGUACUGUCUUCUGUGGUGAGAAUGAGAAAAAAGAGAAGAGUAUCAAGGUUGAACUUUACUCUUUCCCCAGUGAUCCUGUCAUUCAGAUCAGCCCGUCCUUAGUUGAUGGAGAACCAGUCACUGUUGUCUGUAAAAUUCCUGAUGUGUAUCCUUCUGAUCACCUGGAAGUACUCCUAAAGAAAGAGGAACAAGUUCUUUAUGAGAAAAAUUUUUAUGAUGAUGACAGCACAAAUACAGAGACCAAAAAUGUGACAUACUCAUUUAAUCCCACGGCAGAAGAUGUUGGGAAAGAGAUCACCUGUGUGGCCAAGUUACCAAUUGCUAAUAUGGACUUUGAACCCAAAGAAAGAGUAACUUCUCAGAAACUGAAUGCAAACUUUGGUCCACAAAAUACUAUCAUUACUGCAUCUCCAGGCAACUCACCAAUAGAAGGAGGUCCUCUGAAACUCACUUGUGUGACUGAGAGUAAUCCAGCACCACAAAUAGUUUGGAGAAAACAUCUGGCUGAUGGAAGCAUUCAGCAUCUGAUAGAAAACAAUAUCCUUUCUAUUCCCCAUGCCCGUUUCACUGAUUCAGGACUGUACAUCUGUGAAGUAAUUAAUCCGGUAACUAAUAAAACAGAGAAAGCAACUGUGGACAUUGUUAUACAAGGUGCUCCAAACAUCACAGAACUCUCCAUUGAGCCUGCUACAACAGUUCAAGAAGGACAAAAUGUUUCCAUACAAUGUUCCGCUCAGAGUAACCCUCCUCCCAAGAUUAUUUUAAGGAGAAAAUCUGACAGUGCAGAUAUGGGGCCUGACAGUGAGGGGAGAAUUAUUCUUCUGUCUGUGACGUUUCUAAAUGGAGGAGACUAUGAAUGUGUAGCGGAAAAUAAGUUUGGAAAAAGUAAAAGUGAAAUAACACUUAAUGUAGAAUAUGGACCAAAGAAUACAAUGAUAUCUGUUAUCCCGGCUACUACUGUUAAAGAAGGAGAAACUGUGAUGAUGAAAUGUACUAGUUCUGGAAAUCCAGCUCCAGUGAUCUCUUGGAAGAGAAAGAAGGCCACUGGGGAGUCAGAGAAAAUUUUUGAAGGUGAAAAUUUGACUAUACAGAACAUAAAAAGUCAAGAUCUGGGUCUUUAUGAAUGUGAAGCUUAUAACCAAUUUGGCAAAGAAGAGGAAGCUGUGAAUUUACUUGUUCAAGCUGCACCAAAAAAUACACGUUCAAUUUUCCCUUCAAGUGUAGUGAUUCAAGGAGAAAGUGUUAUUUUCUUUUCAGUUCCUCCCCAAAAUAUUACUGUGUUAGUAUAUCCAUCAGAAAAUGUUAAAGAAGGAGAAAAUGUCACUAUUACAUGUAGCACAUACAGUAAUCCACCAUCACAGAUGGUCCUGAAAAAAGUUCAUCAGGAGAAAAAAGUUAUUCUGCCAUCAAUGAAUGGAACCUUUAUACUCUACAAUGUCACCAAAAAUGAUACAGGCAGAUAUUUGCUUGAUGUUUUCAAUGAGGUUGGAAACAACAUCACAGUGAUUGAGAUAGCUGUUGUAGGAAAAUUGGAAAAACCAGAUAAAAUGAUAGCACUGAUUAUCGUAUUCUCCUGUGUAACAGCAAUAGCAGUACCUGUGGUUGCAAUUUUGAUCUACGUGUCAAGGAAAGCAAAGAUAAAUGGAUCCUACAGUCUUGUAAAAGCACUCAGGCUGAAAGUGUGAUCACAUGAAUAUAAGUCUGAGUUCAUAAUAAGCAAUGUUAUUUAUUGUUGUGUAUGGUUCUGCUCUUCUCUAACAUACGGUAACAAACAAGUGACUUAAGAAC